ACCGGAGAAAGAGGUAUUACGAUUUUCUCGAAAUCCGUGAUUCCGUGAAAUAGGAAACGGAAAUUACACGAUUAAGAGAAUGAUUCGAAUGAUAACAUCACGUUUACAGUCGCGUGAAAUAGUCGAAGCCGAAAUUCCGAGAUCGGUAGAAGAGAAGAUCGCAGAUAUAUUAGAUAACAUUAAAAGGAAGGAAGCAGCUGACAAGAGAGAUGAGAAAGAAGAGGUGAAGCCAUUGUAUUUUAAAAAUUAUUGCUUGGACGCCAGCGAUUUGGAUUACUAUGACAAGACGCAUCUCGAGGAAGCAAUUAAACAUAUCCCUUAUAGACUGCGAAAAGUAAAAGAUUUCGAAGAACAAAUCGUGCAAUUCGAGAUAGAAAUUAUCGAUACCUAUAAACGAUUCAUUAUAAAACGUCCACCAUGGGAAUAUCCAAUUUUUUAUAUACGAGCGCCGGUCCCGUGGCAUCAGUCGAAAAUAACUGCUGGUCAUUUUAUACAAUACAAUUUAUUUAUCGGAAACGAAAUAUUGAGAGACGUUCAAAAUUUAUAUUUCCUCAAAUAUAAGGACGUAACGAUAAUUAAUCUCCGAGACAUAGGACCGCUCCCUAUCUUAGCCACCGAAAUAUUACCAAAAAUAAAUUCCUUAUGCGAUCAAAGUAAGGACCUGUUGAUCAAACAUUGGCUAGCCGAUGUCGCCGAACUGUUUUUAGAAAAGAAACACGCCUGGUCGUGUUUGAUCGAGUCGCAUCACGAUGCGUCGAGAGCAUUGAUCGAAAAAUACUUUCGCAGUGUAAAUACUCUUUUAUCUAAACAGUUACGAUUGAUAAUAAUGAGAACCUUGUAUAUUAUUCGAGAUUUUUUUAUGGAAUAUAGAGGUGGAAAUUGUUUCGAAGGUGACUACGAGGAUCUGAUGUUUGUUAAAACUCCCUUUGUAACAGUGAUCGUCGAGCCGGAGCUCGGGACGUCGAAUUUAUACUGCAGACCGACUAUUUUCGAAGUCCGCGAGAUCAUUUCAAAUUGCGUUGACAACAUUUUGCACGUCGGGAUGGAGAUCCCGAAAAUCGAAGUGAUCUUAUUUCCCGAACUCGAGAUGCAGCAGUGUCUCUUCCACGUGUCACGAUACGAAGAAUCGGUUUUAAAAAUAAUCGAUGACGUGUUGGUCGUGAUCGGCGAUCAUCACACGGGGCCACAAUUGUACUUAAAAUGUUACGAACGUUUGUUGUACAUCGUGGACGGCAAAGCGAAACGAGACUUGGAUAACUUCUUCGAAAUCGAUCCUAUGCCGUACCUGCACGAAUUCGAACAAAAGAUAAAGGGAUACGACGAACUGAGAAAAGAGAUCUGGGUCUUUCGCGACAAGAUACCGCUGAACAUCGUCGAGAUCGAUUGCACGACCACAAACGAUGUUCUCAGACAAAUUCUUUACGAGCUACGCACGCAAAUCUGCGAUUUCUUCGCGGACGAGUUGCGAGCGAACAAUCGUGACCUGUGCUCGAACUUCGAUAAAAUAGCGGAGACCAUCUCGAAGAUGCCCGAGAAGACUCAAGAGUUGGUCGAGCUGUACAAUUUCUUGUGCGAGAGUCGAGACUCGACGAUGUUCAACUUGCGCAGGCAGCUGGCACGUUCGAUAGAGUUGAUCCUGUUCCUGUUCAAUUACCAACCGCCUACGAACGAAGACAUACAGUUGAACACGCGCACGAUCACGUGGCCGAAGGAGAUGGACACCGUCAUGGAGCUGGCCACCACCAGAUUGAACAUGAGGAAGGAGUACCUCGAGGAAGUGCUCCGUGUACGAAGGGAGAAUUUCGAGCAGAGGGUACAAGCGAUGAAGUACGCGAUCGAUCAGUUCAAGAAGAAGGACCCGCCGAUGCUGACCAUCGACGAGAUGAUGGAAGCGGUCGAAGAGAUCGAGGAGAUCUCCAGAGGGAUGGAAGAAAUGAGAAACGAGGUCGAGGGAAUAAACGAAGAGGAGACAUUGUUAGACAUGGAACUGAGCCCGUACAUAAAUAUACCCGUGAUGUCUUCGGUGGUCAACUCCCUCGACACGCUCUGGCACACGGUGUUAGAUUUCCACGUGAACUACGACAAGUGGUUCUACGGCCCGUUUUACGGGCUCGACGCCGAGCACGUCAAAGACGAGACGGACAACAUCUGGAGAACGUUGUACAGACUGGCGCGUUUGAUCACGGACAUUCCUGGGGCGCGGAAGAUCACCGAGGUGGUUCGAGGAAAAGUGGACAAAUUCAAACAGUACAUCCCUCUGCUGCAAAUCAUAUGCACUCCGGGACUGGAGAAACGGCAUUGGGAUCAAAUGAGUGCCGUCGCGAACGUGGAGAUCGCUCUGACGGACGCGAGUUGCCUCUCGGACAUGGUGGAGCUGGGGCUGUUGGUGCACGUUGCUAAACUCGAGGAGAUAUCCUCCGCCGCCGUCAAAGAGCACGGGCUUCUUCAGAAUCUGCAGAGGAUGAAAGGCGAGUGGGAGGAGGUCGAGUUCAACUUCACGCCUUAUCGAGAGACCGGCGUUUUCAUCUUGACCGCGGUGGACGACGUUCAAUUGCUGUUGGACGAUCAUAUCUUGAAAGCGCAGACGAUGAGAAGUUCACCGUUCAUAAAAGCGUUCGAACAGGAGAUGCAGGCUUGGGAGAACAAGCUGUUGCUCAUGCAGGACAUCAUCGAUCAGUGGUUGACGUGCCAAGCCACGUGGAUGUACCUGGAGCCGAUAUUCAGUAGCGAAGACAUCAUGCGGCAGAUGCCGACCGAGGCGAAGAACUUCCGAAGGAUGGACAAGAUCUGGCGUAACAUCAUGUCGUACGUCGUCCAGAAUCCACGGGUGCUCGAAGCUACCGCGAUGUUGAACAUGCUACAAGAUUUCAUACUGUGCAACACGCUGUUAGAGGAGAUACAGAAAGGUCUGAACGAGUAUUUGGAGAAGAAACGCCUGUUCUUCCCGAGAUUCUUCUUCCUGUCCAACGACGAGCUGCUAGAGAUACUGUCCGAGACGAAGGAUCCUCAAAGGGUGCAACCGCACUUGAAGAAGUGCUUCGAAGGUAUCAGUAGACUGCGCAUCACUCCCGACGAAGAGAUCAUCGGCAUGCUGUCCGACGAAGAGGAAUACGUUCCGCUCAGCGCGAAGAUCUAUCCAGCCGACGCGAAAGGAAUGGUCGAGAGAUGGUUGCUACAAGUGGAACAGCAGAUGCUCGCCUCGAUUCGCGACAUCGCCAAGGAGGCGAUCAUCUCUUACUUCGACACGAUCAGGGAAGAAUGGAUGUUCUCCUGGCCCGGUCAGCUCGUGAUCUGCUGCAGCCAGAUACACUGGACCAGCGAGGUCUGUGAAUCGUUCGAGACUCGCUCGACUCCGGAAUACCUCCUACAGUGCAACAGUCAAAUAGAAAGAACAGUCACCAUAGUCAGAGGCAAGUUAGACCCUGGCGCCAGGAUAACGAUAAACGCUCUGAUAGUGAUCGACGUGCACGCGCGGGACGUCGUGCGUCUGCUCGUCGACAAGAGAGUGGGCGACGUGAUGGACUUCGACUGGAUAUCGCAACUGAGAUACUACUGGGUGGACGACGACGCCCUCGUCUGCAUGGUGACGACCAACGUCUCGUACGCGUACGAGUAUCUAGGGAAUACUCCGAGGCUCGUGAUAACUCCUUUGACCGAUCGAUGCUACAGGACGUUGAUGAGCGCGUUGAAAUUGAACCUCGGUGGUUCGCCGGAGGGACCGGCGGGAACCGGUAAAACGGAGACGGCCAAAGAUCUCGCGAAAGCCGUCGCUAAACAGUGCGUCGUGUUCAACUGUUCCGACGGCCUUGAUUACAAGGCGAUGGGUAAAUUCUUCAAGGGACUCGCGCAGUCGGGAGCGUGGUCCUGUUUCGACGAGUUCAAUCGAAUAGACUUGGAAGUCCUCUCGGUGAUCGCGCAACAGAUCCUGACGAUACAAAUGGCGAUAAGUAUGGGGUUGGAGAACUUCGUAUUCGAGGGGACGGAGUUGAAACUGAAUCCCACAUGCUACAUCAUUAUAACUAUGAAUCCUGGUUACGCCGGACGUCAGGAGUUACCCGACAACUUGAAAGUCCUGUUCCGUACGGUGGCGAUGAUGGUACCGGAUUACGCUAUGAUAGGAGAGAUCACUCUGUACUCGUUCGGCUUUAUAGACGCGAAGAACCAAGCGGAGAAGAUCGUUCACACGUACAAGCUCUGCUCCGAACAGUUGAGCUCGCAGAAUCAUUACGAUUACGGGAUGCGAGCCGUGAAGACGGUGCUCACGGCCGCUGGCAAUUUGAAACUGAAGUAUCCGACGGAGAACGAGGCGAUUUUAGUCCUCCGAGCGAUCAUCGACGUCAAUCUACCGAAAUUCUUGGCUCACGACAUACCUCUGUUCAAUGGUAUCUACACGGAUCUUUUCCCGGGCGUCAGCCUACCGAAACCAGAUCGAGACGAAUUGAUAGAUCUGGCCAAGGUCGUUCUAGAGAAGCACAAUCUCCAAUCGACCGACUGGUACAUGGAGAAAAUUAUUCAAAUUUACGAAAUGAUACUGGUUCGUCACGGACUGAUGAUCGUCGGCCAGCCUCUGUCCGGGAAGACGAAAGCUUAUCAGUGCUUGGCGGAGGCUCUGGGCGAACUGUCCGGCAAACGGAGAGCCACGAUGAGGGAAUCGCCGGCGGUUUAUAAAAUAAUCAAUCCGAAGGCGAUCACGUUGGACCAGUUGUACGGUAGCUUCGACCCUGUGUCGCACGAGUGGAGCGACGGUGUCCUGGCGAACAUCUUCAGGGAAUACGCGCAGAGUAUGUCGGUCGAACGGAAGUGGAUCCUUUUUGACGGACCCGUGGACGCCGUAUGGAUCGAGAGCAUGAACACAGUGCUCGACGACAACAAGAAACUUUGUCUGAUGUCCGGAGAGAUUAUCCAGAUGUCGUCGAAGAUGAACUUGAUGUUCGAACCGGCCGAUUUGGAGCACGCCUCGCCGGCCACCGUCAGCCGAUGCGGGAUGAUUUACAUGGAACCAUCUCAACUCGGUUGGCACGCUCUCUUCGGCUCCUACAAAACGUAUCUUAAACAGAAGUUGCUUCUGGAGCAGUACGAACUGAUUUUAGAAUUAAUCGAAUGGUUGACAGAACCCGUUUUAUUGUUCGUCAAACAAUAUUGUAAACAAUUCAUCGAGAUGCCUGAACUUCAUAUGUUUCUGUCGUUCACGAAACUGCUCACCGCGAUGCUGGACGGAGAAACGCAGGUCAGCACCGUUUGGCUCCAAUGCAUUUUGUUGUUCAGCGUCGUUUGGGGUAUGUGCUCGACGCUGACCAGCGAGAGUAGGAAGAUCUUCGACGUAUACUUAAGGGGACUGGUGCUCGGGAACGAGGAAGAAUACCCCAAACCCAAAGCGUUUAAACUGACUAAACAGCAGAUCUUCCCCGACAAGGGAAUCGUUUACGACUGGAUAUACGACAAGAGAAACAAUGGGCAGUGGAUACCUUGGAUGGACACCACUCUGCUGAUGUCCCUGUUGCCAGAUCCGAAAACCAACGAAUUAGUCGUACCGACGACGGAAGUAGUCAUUCAGUAUUUCUUCAUGCGAAAUCUCGUCGACAAAGCUGUACCCAUUUUAUUCGUCGGCCCGACCGGCACCGGCAAGUCCGUCAUCGUGAUGAAUUACCUGCAAUUCCUACCGAGGGACUUGUACCUGGAGAACAUCGUGAACUUCAGCGCUCGGACCACCGCGGCUCAGACCCAGGAGAUCGUCAUGUCCAAGUUGGAUCGUAGAAGGAAAGGUGUUUUCGGUCCACCGAUGGGCAAGAAAUGCGUGCUGUUCGUCGACGAUCUCAGCAUGCCGCAGGUAGAGAUCUACGGUGCUCAGCCACCCAUCGAGCUCAUCCGUCAAUGGGUGGACCACGGCCACUGGUUCGACUUGAAAGACAUGACGAUGCUACACUUGGUGGACAUUUAUCUGAUCUGCGCGAUGCUACCACCCGGCGGUGGCUCGAACGUGGUCACGCCCAGACUGACCAGACACAUGCACGUCGUCGGCAUCGACUUCUUCGAGGAGGCGACCAUGACGAAGAUCUUCUCUUCGAUUCUGGACACUCAUUUUGCCAAAGGGUUCGUUCCGGAAGUCUCCAGGCUGGGGAAGAUGGUCGUCACCGCGACCAUGGACAUAUUCCUCGGUGCUAUAAAAACUUUUCUUCCGACGCCGGCCAAGAGUCAUUACACGUUCAAUUUACGGGACUUCAGCAGAGUGAUCAGAGGUAUAUUAAUGGUACCGGCGGUGAGGAUGAAAGACCCGGACAAACUGAUCAGACUUUGGGUUCACGAGGUGUACAGAGUGUUCCACGAUCGAUUGGUAGACAGCAACGAUCAGGAAUUACUGUUCGGUAUGGUGCAGUACACCUGUUACGAUCAACUGCGACAGCCGUUGAACAAGGUCCUCGCGAGAUUGUUAACAGAAGAAGAGAACGAGAUAAAGAGUUCUCACAUACGCGAUCUGUUCUUCGGUAAUUACAUGGAACCCGACGCUGACCCUAGAUUAUACGACGAGGUGGUCGAUUUGGACGAUCUUCAAGAGAAGAUGGAGUACUAUCUGACGGAGUACAACAUGCUGUCGAAAACGCCGAUGAACCUGGUGUUGUUCAGAUUCGCGGUCGAGCACAUUUCUCGAGUAUCGCGAAUCCUGCUACAGGAGAACGGACACGCUCUGUUGAUAGGAAUGGGUGGAUCCGGCAGGAGUUCCUGCGCCAAGUUGGCGACCAGCAUGUGCGAGUACUUGAUAUAUCAAAUAGAAAUCACCACCGCUUACGGGCCUACGGAGUGGCGAGAGGACUUGAAGAGUUUGCUGUUGCGAGUAGGCUGCGACGGAAAGUCCACUUCGUUCCUCUUCGGCGAUCACCAGAUCAACGACGAGUCUUUCGUCGAAGACAUAAAUAUGGUAUUGAACACGGGCGACGUGCCGAACUUGUACAACACCGAGGAGAAAGCCGAGAUCUUAGACAAGAUGACGAACGUGAUCCACAGCACCGGUGGACGAAAAAUCGAGGUGACACCGAUGAUACUUCAUCAGCUCUUCUUAGAGAGAAUAAUGAAGAAUCUCCACUGGAUCCUGACGAUGUCUCCCAUAGGAGACAAGUUCCGAAAUCGUUUGAGAAUGUUCCCGUCUCUGAUCAAUUGUUGCACGAUCGACUGGUACAUGAUCUGGCCGGAGGACGCUCUGGAGAAGGUGGCUCGGAUGUCGUUGAAGAACGUCGACAUCAGCCAGGCUCUGCGAGAAAAGUGCGUCGGUGUAUCGAAACAAUUUCACACGAGCAUCGCCGUGGCCAGCGAGGAUUAUUACAGAACGCAGGGCAGGAGAUAUUACAUAACGCCCACGAGCUUCCUGCAGCUGAUAAAAUCGUUUUGUUCCUUGUACGGCCGGAAGAUCGACCAGAUCACGCUGCAGCAGAUGCGAUACGAGACCGGGCUCGAAAAGUUGGAUUUCGCCGCGAGCCAGAUAGCAGUGAUGAAAGUAGAGUUACAGGAGCUGCAGCCAAAGCUUCUGGCUCAGUCUGAGCUGAGCAACAAGCUGAUGGUCAGGAUAGAACAGGACACUAUUAAUAUCGAAGCUAGGAAGGAAGUCGUCGCGGCCGAAGAAGCGUUGGCGAACGAAGCUGCAGCCGCGGCUCAGGCGAUAAAAGACGACUGCGAGAGCGAUUUGGCGGAAGCUUCGCCCGCGUUGGAAGCUGCCUUGGCCGCGCUGGACACUUUGAAACCGGCCGACAUCAGUAUCGUGCGUUCCAUGAAGAGCCCGCCGGCAGGCGUGAGGCUGGUCAUGGAAGCUGUGUGCGUUUUGAAGGGAGUGAAACCUGAGAAAGUGCAGGACCCGGCGACUGGUCAGACCGUCGAGGACUACUGGCCGGCUUCCAUAAGAAUAUUGGGUGACAUGAAGUUCCUCGACAGCCUGAAGAACUUCGACAAGGACAAUAUACCGCCGGCGUACAUGAAGAGGAUUCGCGAGAAGUUCAUGAACGAUCGUAGCUUCCAACCAGAGGCUAUCAAGAAGGUCUCGACCGCCUGCGAGGGUCUCUGCAAAUGGGUGCGAGCAAUCGAGGUGUACGAUCGCGUGAUCAAGGUCGUGAAACCGAAACAGGCGAUGCUGGCAGAGGCCGAGGCAGCUCUCGCCUCGCAGAUGGAAGCGUUGAACGCUAAGAGAGCGCUUCUUCAAGACGUCAGUCAGAAGUUGCAGUCGUUGAACGACGAGUUCGCCGAAUGCAUGAGAGAGAAGAAGAAGCUCGAGGAUCAGAUCGAGUACUGCAUGAAGAAACUGGACAGAGCUGAGAAAUUGUUGGGCGGAUUGAGCGGUGAGAAGAACAGGUGGCAGGAAGCUGCAGCUACAUUGGGCGCGAGUCUUCGUAACGUGAUCGGUGACGUUCUACUGUCCUCCGGUGUGAUCGCUUACUUCGGAGCUUUCACGAUCGACUAUAGAAACAAACUGAUCUCCCAGUGGCACGAGUCUUGUAUGAAAGUCGGAAUUCCUUGCAGCAAACAAUUCAGUCUGAUAGAUAUUCUUGGGAAACCGGUGGAGAUCCGAGCUUGGGUCAUCUUCGGUUUGCCAGCGGACAACUUCUCCGUGGACAACGGUAUCAUCGUACAGAACGCGGAUCGCUGGCCACUGAUGAUCGAUCCUCAGAAUCAGGCUAACAAGUGGAUCAAGAACAUGGAGAAGGAGAACAAUCUAGCGGUGAUCAAACUGUCCGAUCCGAGUUACGUGAGGAUAGUAGACACUAGUAUACAACUCGGUAUACCUGUGUUGUUGGAAAACAUCUUGGAAGAGAUAGACGCGGUGUUGGAGCCGGUGCUGUUGAAAAACGUGUACAAGGAACGCGGUAUUUCGUACAUAAAAUUCGGCGAGAACGUCAUAGAGUACAGUCCGGACUUUCGAUUUUACAUAACGACGCGUCUGAGGAAUCCGCAUUACUUGCCGGAGGUCGUCGUAAAAGUGACGCUGCUGAACUUCAUGAUCACCCCGCAGGGGCUUCAGGACCAGUUACUGGGUAUCGUCGUGGCUAAGGAACUGCCCGUUCUCGAGGAGCGGAAGAAUCAGUUGAUCGUCGAAGCUGCGAACAACAAGAGAAUACUGAAGGAGAUCGAAGACAAGAUCUUAGAAGUUCUGUCAGCUUCCGAGGGGAACAUCUUGGAAGACGAAACGGCGAUCACGAUACUGUCGACGUCGAAGAUGCUGUCGGAAGACAUCCAAGCUAAGCAAGAGGUAGCUGCGAAGACGGCGUUAGAGAUCGACAACGCUCGUAACAAGUAUAAACCGGUGUCCGGGCACGGCUCCGUGCUGUUCUUCUGUAUCUCCGAAUUGACGAACAUCGACCCGAUGUACCAGUACUCGUUACCGUGGUUCAUUCAUCUGUACGAGAUGUCGAUAGCCAACAGCGAGAAGAGCAAAGAUCUGGCGCAGCGAAUACACAGCCUGAACACAUAUUUCACAGCCAGCAUUUAUAGAAACGUGUGUCGUUCUCUGUUCGAGAAGGACAAAUUGAUAUUCUCUUUCGUCCUGUGCGUCGGUUUAAUGCGAGCGAGGGACGACGUGGAAGAAGAGCUGUGGACGUUUCUGUUAACAGGCGACGUGGCCCUGGACAAUCCUUACCCGAAUCCCGAUCCAUCUUGGCUCACAGAUAAAUCUUGGGCGGACGUGGUCGGAGCCAUGAAUUUACCCGGCCUCACGAGGUUCAAACACUCGCUCGAGACGCAGACGGCCAAAUGGAAAGUUUACUACGACUACACGAAUCCCCAGGACGAAUCGUUUCCUCCGCCGUUCGAAGACGUGGGCGAGAGUAUGACGAAGCUGGUGAUACUGAAGUGCAUCAGGCCGGACAAGAUCGUGUCCGCCGUGCGAAUGUUCGUCAUUCAUUACAUGGGGCAAUUUUUCGUCGAACCGCCACCGUUCGAUCUUCAAGCUUGUUACAACGACUCCACUAACGUGACGCCUCUCAUUUUCGUCCUCUCGCCUGGUUCCGAUCCGAUGGCCGGACUAAUUCGAUUCUCGGAGGAUUACGGAGUGCCGAAAGAGAACUUGAUGACGAUAUCGUUGGGUCAGGGUCAGGGACCGAUCGCGUGGAACAUGAUCGAGAGGGGUAUAAAAAGCGGAGAGUGGGUGGUGCUUCAGAACUGUCAUUUGGCCGUCUCGUGGAUGCCGGAGUUGGACAGAAUCUGCGACGAGAUCAUCAUACCGGAGAACACCCACCCAAAGUUCCGACUGUGGUUGACCAGUUACCCGUCGAAAGACUUUCCUAUCUCCAUCCUACAAAACGGCGUCAAAAUGACCAACGAGCCACCGAAAGGAUUGAAGAACAACUUGUUGAGAAGUUUUAUGAACGACCCGAUAUCAGAUCUCAAGUUCUUCAACAACUGCACCAAAAUAAACGAAUGGAGAAGGCUGCUGUUCGCUCUGUGCUUCUUCCACGCGGUCGUACAAGAGAGAAGGAACUUUGGUCCCCUGGGUUGGAACAUUCCGUACGAAUUCAACGAAUCCGAUUUGCGCAUCAGCGUUUUGCAAUUGCAGCUGUUUUUAAACGACUACGACGAUGUGCCGUUCGAAGCGCUUCUGUACUUAACGGGUGAAUGCAAUUACGGUGGUCGCGUGACCGACGACAAGGACAGACGUCUGUUGAAUGCGAUAUUAAAGAAUUUUUACAAUCACGACGUCAUUGAGGAUCCGAACUACUGUUUUUCACCGAGUUGCAUAUACCGUCUGCCCGAGUACACUGACUACCAGGGAUGUCUCCAGUAUAUUCGUAGCCUGCCGAUUAAUCAACAGCCGGAGGUGUACGGUCUGCACGAGAAUGCGGACAUAACGAAAGAUAAUCAGGAAUCGGCGCAGCUACUCAGAGGAGCUUUGUUGACUCAGCCGCACAUAACUGGAGCCGGAGUCGAGAGAGACGUAGACGAUUUGGUGUACGCUCUGUGCGACGACAUUUUGACGAAAGUGCGCUCGCGAUUCAACGUGUUGGAGGUAUCGAAGAAGUACCCGGUGCUCUACAUGAACAGCAUGAACACUGUUCUCCGUCAGGAGCUUAUUAGGUUCAACAGUUUGAUCGACGUGAUCAGAAGUACACUGGUAGACGUACAGAAAGCUAUCAAGGGUUUGGUUCUGAUGUCCUCCGACCUGGAAGAGGUCUUCUUCAGCAUGAGUAUAGGCAGAGUACCUGCUACCUGGGGCAAAAAGUCGUACCCUUCCUUGAAACCCCUCGGAAGUUACACCAACGAUUUAUUGGACAGAAUUGCAUUCUUUCAAGACUGGAUAGACCACGACGCGCCGCCCGUCUUUUGGAUAUCGGGAUUCUUCUUUACUCAGUCGUUUCUUACGGGCGUCUUGCAAAAUUACGCGCGCAAGCACAAAAUCCCGAUCGACAGACUGGACUUCGAAUUCGAAGUAACUUCAUACGAAGCUGGCGAUACUGUCCCGAGCGAGCCGGAGUACGGAGUUUACAUAAGGGGCCUGUUCUUGGAGGGAGCGAGAUGGAACAGGGAGACCAAAGAGAUGGACGAAUCGAAGCCGAAAAUUAUGUUCGAUCUGCUUCCCAUAAUAUGGCUGAAACCCGGGGUAAAAGCCCAGUUCGUUAUCGGAAACGUGUAUCAUUGUCCCGUGUACAAGACGAGCGAAAGACGCGGGGUUUUAGCCACCACCGGUCAUUCUUCCAAUUUUGUAUUAUAUAUUUUACUAACGACACGAAUCGAUGAGGUACAUUGGAUUAAGAGAGGAGUGGCCGCUCUGUGUCAAUUGGACGAUUAAAUUCUCGGGGAAUAUUCGACUGUUCGUGAGUAUGCGAGGUAUUCGAGAUUCAACGAAAACAAAUCGAAGAACGGUAACUAACUA